AUGUCAUCCUUCUCAAUUCCAUCCCGUCCGAGAUCGCCUUCAAGCGAUGUCAGCAAUGACGAAUUUCUAGUCUUGGAUGAGCAGGAUGGCUUAGUCAUUGUUGGCAUUGAUUUUGGCACGACCUUUUCUGGCGUUGCUUGGGCCACGACAGACGAGCUUCAGAAAGAUCCCAAUGACAUCAACUUGAUUAUGAACUGGCCCGGUACAGGCCGCGAAGAAAGCAAGUGCCCGACAGAGCUUAGCUACGGCGACGACGGUAAAAUCCAUUGGGGCUUUGAUGUCCCGCCUGAUGCAAGCUCGGUAUCAUGGUUCAAGUUUCUACUUCUCCGCGAAGAAGAUAUGAAUGACGACAUGGAUGUAUCUGAAUACCUCGUUAGCGCCCGCGAGUUCCUCUCGCGCACCAACAAAACUGCUAUUGACGUCGUGUCGGAUUUCCUAGGUGCGCUUUGGAAACACACCAUCACCAAGAUUGUGCGCGCGCGGGGGCAAAUGGUCGUCGAUGCCUUCGUAUUUCGCGUUGUAAUUACCGUCCCCGCAAUCUGGAAAGGGUAUGCGAGGCAAGCGAUGCACAAGGCUGCCGAUCAAGCAGGCAUAUUGAAGAAACGCGCCGCUGGGCCUACGGAGCUUGUAUUUUCAAAUGAGCCCGAAGCCGCAGCGAUGUCGACAUUAAUUGAGAGGGGUAGAAGGCCAAAUACAGGGGGCGUUUAUGUUGUUUGCGACGCCGGCGGUGGCACAGUUGACAUGAUCAGCUAUAAGAUCGACCAAGUCGAUCCUAUCAGUAUGAAGGAAGCGGUUGAGGGAAAGGGCGCUCUCUGCGGUGGUAUUUCUAUCGACCAGGCUUUUAUCGAGCUGUGCAAAGCCCGUCUGGGUAGCAGUUGGAGCUCUUUAAGCAAAUCGUCUCUCAGAUACAUCAUUCGAGAUGACUGGGAAUGUGGCAUAAAGCCACAAUUCAGGAUGAGCGGCCUUGAAAAGGACUUUACGGUUCGGUUUCCAUCCGAGAUAAGCGUCGGAGUCGACGCAGGCAAAGGAUUUAACAGAAUCAAAGUGGGGAGAAUAUUUUUCCAUGGCCGUGAAAUCCAACCAGCUUUUGACAACCAGUUCCGUUGUAUUAUGGAAUUGCUCGAUGACCAAUAUGAGGCGGUCAGGAGAUCAGAUCCUGCGGCAAGGAUCAGCAUUAUUCUCGUUGGCGGCCUUGGGUCUAGCCCAUACCUGUACGACUAUGUCAAGUUGCACUACAAGGCCAAAAGGGUUGAGAUCUUGCAGGCCGCUGGUAACAAACCUCGGAGCGCCAUCUGUCGAGGUGCCGUGCUCAAGGGCUUCCUCCAGGAUUCACGCCCGGACCAAGAUAAUUCGCCCGUCAAGGUCACCUCUACCAUUUCCCGAUCAAGCACCGAGCUUCGCUACAACGCAAAAAACCUAAUGGAUUGGUUCCUGCAUAAGGGGUCGAGCGUUCCAGACUGCGCGGCGGUAAGGGCAGCUUUCUAUCGUGUGCAUGAUUUUGGGACAACCGUCCCACUUACCAUGAAACUUUCAUUGUAUGAUUGUGAAGAGCCGGUGGCACCAAUGCGUAAGACUGACGCCGUCAAGUCCAUGUGCACUAUAACCUUCGAUUCCAAGAUAGACAAAGACGAAUACUCUCAGCACACAAACAGACUGGGCAAGAAGUACAAACAGCUGGAUUUCGAGGUUGAGAUGGUGCCGCAAGGGGCCUCGGUCGAGUUUGGUGUCUACAUCGGCGGACGAAAGCUGGGUGCCAGAAGCGUCAACGUUCGCUUCCAGUGA